UACACUCUUGCAUACAUAUAUUUGACAGUUGACAUUACAACGAAGGUAACCUCAAUUUCCUACUUGUAAUUAUUAUUUGGAAUUAUUAAAAAAGUAAUGACGGCAAUAGACCGGGUCCGUAUUAUGGUAUUGGGUGACUCCGGUGUUGGCAAAACCUCGUUUGUUUACCUUGUCGCACACAACGAGCCCAUAAGGUCCCCCAGUUGGACAGUCGGGUGUUCAGUGGAAGUAAAACUUCACGAGUACAAGGAAGGGACAAAAGACCAGAAAACAUAUUUUAUAGAAUUUUGGGAUGUUGGUGGAAGCAAUAAUCACCGAAAUACAAGGCCUGUGUUUUACAGCCCUUGCCAUGGAGUGAUUCUAGUUCACGAUUUAACAAAUAGGAAAUCUGAAAUGAAUCUCCACAAAUGGUUACAAGAAUUAAUAAACCAUGACGUUAAUCAAACAUCGUUGACUUCCGUCAACAGUAUGGAUGAAUAUGAUCCAGAGAAUUUCUUUGGUUCUACUCCAAUACCCAUUCUUGUCAUUGGGACAAAGCUUGAUCAGGUUGAUGAAAGAAAAUCUACAACAGGCACCUUUGCUAGUCAAUUUGGGGCAGAUGAAAUUAUCCUCGAUACGAGGCAGGCGCGAUAUCUUGCCGCAGGCUCGUCAAACGCUGUUAAAUUAUCACGAUUUUAUGAUAAAGUUAUUGAAAUGCGGUACCAAUCCCAGAAUCGUUCAUUUAAUGAACGAUUUGGAAGUAAUACCGUGUCGCCAGUAUUGCCAUCAAAGUUUUAUUCACCCCAUCAAGAUUGAAGACUCCAUUGUUGAAAUUUAAAAUAUUUUAUUUGUAACAUUUUUUUUUAAAUGAAAAUUUAACUGUAA